GUCUUGACUCGACGUUUUGAGUGUGGCUUCCAUUCUCUACUCUUGGCAAGACUCGGAGUCUUGCCACCGGAGAUUCUCCUUGGUUGAUUUCUGUCAAGUCGUAGCGCUUACAUCAAGAGCGUUGGCAGCUUUGUUUGCAGCUUUCAUCUGCGCAUUUCACCAUCCUGGGAAGUCUUCUUCGUGUCUGAGAGUGCUAGCAUUGAAGACCAGCUGGUAUUUUGGAUUGAUAGUGAGCUGGUUCCAAGCUUAGCCGAAACGCUGUUUAAAUGCAUCACAUCAUCAUCGAUCAACUCCAUCAUCAUUUUGAAACUCAUUGCCCCGUGCGUGCAACUUGCCCUUUGGUUCUCUUACAACGUCCAUCAGAUGGCAGGUACUUAUUCUUAUACUUACUAAGCUUUCAUUUAGGGUUCUGAAUGGCACUUGGUCUUUAAAGAUAGUGGUCGGGGCAAUCGAGUUUCGCUGUCAGGAACUGGCACACCUUGCUAUUGCACCACUGCCUGAUUCCAGAUUGUCCGUUGAGUGCAACAUUCCUAGAAGCAGAGAGGUGGUGGAAUGCUAAGCCCUCAGGGUGGGCAAGGACUCAAUAUCACUUAGGGUCUGAGGGGAGCAGAGACGCCCUGGGUCAUAAGCUAUACACCAAGGCCAUAAGAGAUACCCGGAGGGAUGGCCGCCGAGGCCAGCCGGCGGCUGCUUACGGAUGCGCUCGAGGUGCACCACCCAGGCAUCCCGAUGGAAUACCACCCUCACGAGAUGCACCCGCACCACCAUGACAUCAGCGCGUCGUCAGCGCUCCAACACCCGUCCCCUUCCAAGCUCCUCCCGCCCGGCUACCAGGAGCUCCUGAGCUUGGGGGACCAGUUGCUGGCGUCAGCACAGAAGGGCGUGCCCCCCCCCAGGAAAAAGGCGCGCGCGACGCCGUACAAUGCGAGGAAACCGGCGUACAAUAAGGUGAUUGAGGAUAAGGACGAGGCAGGGAAGAAGCGGAUGCGCAAGUCGCUGAUGGAGAUUAAGAAGUGUUCGCGGAAGGAGGAUCCGGAGACGGGGAAGAUCAAGGUGAACGAGAAUGGGGCGGCCAAGCGGAGGAUGCUGUCGCUCAAGGACAAGGUGCUGGAAGUUGCGGAGAUGGUGGUCGGCAAGAACGCUGCCGAUCUGGUCACGUCGGACGUCGAGAUGGCGCUCUCGUUCGUGCUGGAGCGCAAGAUCUACGGCGUGUCAGUGAAGAACGUCCUUGAGCAUUUGCCCGAGAAGCACCCGCAGAGCCUUGACGCGAUGGAGAAGCAGUUCCAAAAGAACGUGCGAAGGGAUUUCACGAACGAGAGGAUAUUCGAGGGUCCCGUCAGCAAGGCGGGUCUGACAAAGGAGGCGCUGAUGGAACUAAAGAAGCUGGACACGCAUGACGUCAUCGCUGCCACCGGGUCGGGUAUCAGAUCGUUGAAAAAGGGCCCCCCGAAAAAGCGGAAGAGGGUCAAGACAGAGGACGGGCAGGAGGGGGAGAUACCGGAUCUGGAGGGGCCGCUCGAAAUGGGGGGCGAUGCCGAGGUGCCGGGGGGUGAGAUGGAGCACGAGGAGGACCCCCACUUAGAGAACGAGGACGUUGACCAGGGGCAACAACUAGAAGCGGGGGGGCAGCCAGUCCACCCUGGGGACGACGCGCAUGCGUUACUGGGGGGGAUGGGUCCGGCGCUGAGUCACUACGAAGAGGAGUAGGAUGCGCCGCGGUUAGCUGCGUAGAACGCGGUGUCUAUGUACAUACGAGAACGUGAGUCGUCUGGGCAAAUCAGGAUUUAAGGAGCGAGGUAGUCGAGGAGCUCAACCUGCCAGACGGAGGGUGACGUCUGCCUGACGUUCACCACGGAAACACAUGGUCUGUUCUUGACGUACGUUGCAAACUACGGCGUCUCAGGCGGCUCUGCCCAACAGCAGAUUGUGAAGCGAAGGAGCGUAGCCAAGACUUUGGGUUCUGCUGCAACUAGCGUGUCACUCUGAGUGUUAAUGAGGAUGAGCUUCGCAGAGCCAGUCCCUGCCAAGGCACGGGCUCAGACAUUUCUGAGUCUACACUUUCUCCAUUGUUGUCGAACUUCGGAAUCGGC